CUGAGCUCUUCCUAUCCUUCACUUUCACCUUGAUGGUUUUUCCAAGGCCGUGAGAUAAAUACUGAUGCAUGAUCAUGAGUACGAAAUAUCAUUCGGUGUAAGCGAACGACUUAACCGCCAUAACCCAGAGAACGACAUCAAGGAGAAGGCACAGUCUUUUUCAGAUCUGAAGUCAAGGAUGAAUAUAUACCAAAUCGGAAUAUAGAAGAAAUCAAGCCCCGCGCUUCAUAUGGUACAUGGUGACAUCAAAUGCUAUCUUCGAUCGAGUAUGGAAUCUUGUGUUGCUAUCUCUGUUGCUCUUAACAACACUUUUAUUCGACUUCCCAAUGCUCCUCUUUAAUCGCUGGGCCCCAUAUGCCAAAUUUGAUCGCCUUGAGAUUAUUCAUCCAAAACAAAAAGAUCAAGACGACCAAACGGAAACCCAAGGCGAAAUUCUAGCCGACAUUGUUGCUGUUCAUGGCCUUGGCUCUGAUCCCAACAACGCAUGGAGGCAAGGGAAUUGUGACUGGCUGCGCAACCUUUUGCCACAGGAAAGGAUACCAGCUCGGAUCAUGGCGUUUAACCAUAAUACGUCGUGGGAGUCGGAAGCACUCAGCAAAUCAAUCGAUGAUCAUGCCAACGACCUAUUACGUGUGCUCGGGAUGCAUCGCCAUACACCAAAGAAGGAACGACCCAUUAUUUUUAUAGGCCACAGUUUUGGAGGACUUAUUAUCAAACGAGCAUUGAUAUGUUCAGCACUGGUCGGAGAGGAUGAGAACUGUUAUGAAUUAUACAAGCAAACAAAGGGAUUGAUAUUCAUGGGUACGCCUCAUCGAGGCGCCAAUCUGACAACAGCAGGCAAGAUAAGCUCCCUUUUCGGGUACUGGAAAGGGUCCACGGUGGAACCCCUUGAGCUCUUUGAAUAUGGAUCAGCAAAGAACGAGACGCUCCAUAAGGACUUUAUGAGAGUCGUGAUAAAAGGUUGUUCUGUUGAUAACAUAGUUUGUGUAUACGAAAACGUGAAGGAGACGCUGUGUGGGUUUAUGUUGGCACCCGUCGUUGAACGCUAUUCGGCUGUGAUCGAUGGAUCUACUGAGAUCGCAUUUGAAACUAAACAUAGGGGUCUCCAAAGAUUUACCAGUCGAAAUGAUGAAAAUUACCAGAAGAUUCUUUGUUACAUCAGGGGGUGGGUGCAUGGAGAGAAGGUGGAAGUUGACGAAAGUUUUAAUUUUUUUUCGCUCCAACACCGUCUGUCUGUUUGAGGGUCAAUAUAUCUGGGGUUGCGCUCAACAUCGGAAGCCAAGUAUAUAUCAGGGUAUUUCAUUUCUU